GCGGUUUCAGAGCUUCGCCCGGGACGACGAACCGCGGACGAGCCGAGUGCGGGAAACCCGGUCGUGUGUUUCACAGUACGACCGACCGAUCCACACACCGAGUAUAACCGUACAAACGAGGAGGCACAACCGCGGGGGUUGAAAAGAAAGGGAGGUGGGGGAGGAGGGUUGGCCCGAUUGAACGCAGGCAGACCGCUUCGUGACCUUGGUGCGCGCGACACUUGGCGUCUUCUUCGGGAGCAAUAAAGAAGAAUUUAAUCGGUACCUCUUUUCCAAUUGGGGUCGAGUGCACGCGGAGGUGUACGGUCAACUCUCCGCGCGCGAGACCGCCCACAAAUUAAGACCGUAACUCGGCCUCGUUCCGCCGCGCCGCUUGCGUUCGCGAGUACUCCGACUGCGAGAUAAUGUGAUGUCACAGUGUUAGGAGAGAAAAGAAAAGAGAGAGAGAGAACAAGGAAAAAAUCGGUGGAUGCAUAAGAGCGCAACGGGGGGGUUGCAACGAGAGGGUUGCAACGACGGGUAACGCGGGAGUAUGCGCGAGUCCUGGUAGCACCGGCUGCUGCUGGAGGAUGAACGGGACGACGACGGAGGAUUAUUAAAGUGGAGGAGCGCCGAGAGAGAAAGAGGUGCAUCGUGGUGUUCCAUGAGAUGUCAGUGGACCCGUCGUCGGGGACAGUUACGCCGUCGUCGUCGUCGUCGCCGUUGUUGUUGUCGUCGUGAUCACCAUGAGGAGGUCCUCCUACGUCAACUACUACGUCCUGUGCCUCGUGUGCUGGAUCCUACUAGGCAUUACCGGGGUAAGUACGAGAUCUCAUUCGCUGGUGAAGAGAUUCGACGGGAUUUACACGGGGCCUUACUUCGACUCGAACACUCCAACGAAUAUCACGGCGCAGUUGGGCACUCAUGCUUACCUACCGUGCAAAGUGCGGCAGCUUGGUAACAAAUCAGUCUCCUGGAUCAGAAGAAGAGACUCGCAUAUCCUUUCGGUGGAUAGAACGAUGUUUAUUCCGGACGAGAGGUUCCAGGCGAUUUUCGGGGAGGCGGACACGUGGACGCUGCAGGUGAAAUACGUCCAGGCGCGCGACGAAGGCGAGUACGAGUGCCAAAUCUCGACCGACCCGAAGAAGAGUCACAUCAUCAAGCUCAACAUCGUCGUGCCAAAGAUCGAGAUCUUGGGGGACCGUGACAUGUAUGUGAAGACCGGAAGUACAGUCGCAAUACGAUGCGUGAUAAAGCAGUCCCUCGAGGGCCCGUUCUACGUCUUCUGGUACCACGAGGGCGAUCGCGUUCUAAAUUAUCAGCUGGGCAAGAUCGACAUUCAGACGAAGAGGAUCGAACAGGACACGGUGAGCAGCCUCGUGAUUCACAACGCGAGACGGGAGGACUCGGGUAACUAUACUUGCAGCCCGAGUAACUUGGAUAGCGCGAGCGUGCAGCUGCAUGUGCUAAACGGGGAACACCCCGCGGCGAUACAGAGAGGCAUCAGUUCAGCGCCGGGCGGCUGUCCUACUCUAUGGUGGCUGGCAGGAGUGGUGACACUGUACUCGAGUCACGGCAGCCGUCUGUUCGUCCUCCUUCUUUUGAUCCUUAUGGUUCUCUACUCGAAAAAUCCAUCUUACUUUGCGACGGAACGAUAAUCAGGCAACCCCGCAAGGAUGGUAUACGCGUAUAAUCGAUUAUCUCCUGCUACGAGACCCCGACUACCUCGAGAGAAGAGAUCCUCGACGUUGCGGACCGAUUUUCAGAGAUCAAGGACAAAAAGGGCGAGGAUGAGAGGAUUCGGAAGAUAGAGGGUAAUACGAUAGAAAGAAAGAGAGAGAGAGAGAAAGAUCGGAGAAGAAGAAUAAUGAUCCUGGAGGUAGUAUGUUUUUUCUCCGUAUGCGUGAAGUAAGAGUUAGAGGUUCAUCUCGAUUAUCGAGACAGUGAUCCGGCCGUUAGAAAUUAGGAAUUAGUUUUAUUAUAUGAAUUCUUGUUAAAUUGCUGCGAGAGAGUUAUACGUGCUGGAGGAGCUACGAAAUUUUUGACGUUAUCGAAAAUAUAAAUUAGGUCGAGCUUGAACAACGGGUGGUCCGUGAACGUUUUGAAAACUUUCAGUUGCGAAUUCGGGAUGAACUGACAAUUUUAUUUAUUAAGAUUAUUUAUUCACUUUUACGUCCAUUAAAAAUUUUAUCUAAAUUUAAAAUUAAAAAUUUUAUCUAAAUAAAAUAACGUGUCAUUCUUACUGUUGACUUCUUAUUGUAACAGAUAUUUUUGAGUUUGCUUUUCUAAAGACGUAUUCCACAUUUAUAUUUCACAUUUGCAUAAAUGUUUCACGCAUUUCCCGUCUGUUUAGCCCGACGAGGUAAUAAGUUACGAAAUCUCAAAAAAGAAAGCGCCCGAAAAACGAUCGCGAUCGCGAGAUCCUAUCGCGAGGGCGUUGGGUGGUUUCGUAGCACUCGUUACAGGAACAAGAAAGCGAUAACGUGACGAGAAAUGUAGAAAGACGAGAAACGAUGGUGAGAGAAAGAGGAGAGAGAAAGAGCAAGAGUGAAAAAGAACCGUCACGAGACUGGGGAAAAAGCAGAAAAACUUCGUCCGCGCCGCUCGAAUAGAAUUGAAACUUGUUCGAUGAAUUUUUCGAAAGGCGAUGUAAUUAAUUAUAUUCGAUAGCGACCGAUUACAAACAAAGCGUGUCUAUACUUGACGUCUACCGCGUGAUCUAGGAUCGUCCUGAGACCGAGUGAUCUCGGCCAUCGUCUCUCAGACGAUUUGUCGAUACGCGCCAGAAGCAAUUAGAAUCUCUCUUCAGUUCGUCAAUCAGCGUGUCUGUUCCAAGAUCGUACGAGAACCAAACUUGACGAGAAGGGGAAAGAAACGACGGGGAAAGAAUCGAAGCGACCCUAUUGAGAAAUAAAAAUGUUAUUAUUAUUAUUAAUAACACACGGCGGUAUUAUUCGAUCCGAGGAAAAAAAAUUCAUAUCAAGCGACAUUUUGCCCAUAUCAAACUCUCAGUCACGAUAUUCUGAUAUUCUCAGCGCCAAGGCAAAUUUGAUACGACUAUAGUCGGAGAACGUCAUUAAAUUUACAGACAAUUGUUAUCCGGGAAGCUCAUCGAUUGCGCGAGUAAGAUGAAACAGGAUAUCGCGAUGUGGAAAUUAUCACUGCCUCUAAAAAUACUUGACCGCUGCUUUGUUGGCGACAGGUGUCUCGAGACGAUCCGCGAUAAAAAUUUUGGUAAUUGAAACGCAUUGAGUAUACACACGUCGAUCAAAAUGUAUCCAUACGUCCGCGCAUGCACAGGCUGACUCACCGCGACGCGGGCCGUAAAGACCGAACUUAUAAUAUCUUCCACUGUCCGCUCCCGUACGCGUCGUCUCGCGAUCUCGGGAACAUCGCGGUUUUUUAUAGAAAAUCGAAGAACCUUUUAGGAAUGUAGAAAAAAUUUUGUACACUCGUUUUGCUCGAGGGAUUAAAUACUGCCGAUAAAGUCAUAUUUCAUUCCUCCCUUGAAAAGUUGUCCGAAAUGUCACGAACUAUUUCUAUUUGGACUGUUUAUUCACGUUGGACGACGUUAAAGGGAAAAAAAGACAUUUGUUUUGUAUAAAAUUUACAAACGUACGUAUAUAUACGUAGUGUAACACACGCCAAAUUUUACACGUAUUCUAAAUCCUAUUCAGAUAUCCUCCUUCGAUAGAUUUCUUUUUCUUACGAGUCGUCAAACGUCUCAUCGUAACAACAUAGGCAAAGUACUUUCGACGUAUAAUACUUUUUGAUAACGCAUAUUUCCAUGUUUUUGACGGUUUUGGCCCGCGGCGUGCCGCCUCUGAGCAUGAUCGGUUGUAUAAUUUAGCGGAUGAACGUACGGCUUUCCGGUGGGCACCCGUGCGCCCCCCGCGAAUUUGCUUUCUUCUCGCAAAUACUAGAGGGAUGGGGUGGGAAUACUGUUUUUUAUAAUAUUAUAUAUUAUAUAUAUAUAUAUAAAUAUAUAUAUACAAACGAACAGAAAUAUAUAUAUGUAUAUGUGUACGCGCGCAAAUACGUUGCACAUGGGUGUUGAAUAUUGAACAAGUUUCAGCUCGUACGAACGAGAGGCGCAUAUAAAGCGACUAGAGAACGUACGUUCUCGUUGAGAGAAUUCUUGAGGGAAUGUCUUGAAGAGAGAUACGAAUAGGAAGAAGGGAAAAGAGAGAGAAACAGAGAGAAAGAGAGAGAGAGAGAGAGAGAGAGAGAGAGAGAGAGAGAGAGGAAAAAAAUACACCAUAGAACACGAGGACAGCGGCAGGAGACGAACGAUUCGUUAGAAUAUCUACGAUUCAUGUGAUUGUAAAUAACGUAACAUAGCGUAUAAAUAACGUAACGUUAAUUAAUGAUAUGCCGUACGUGUUACGCUAAAGAAACAAGAAAAAAAAUUAACUAAAUAACGUUACUGUGUAAUUUUUCGGAUCGUAAAACGCGCAUUGGAAAUGAGUCUGGCCGCCCGUGCUAACCGGCUCGGGAAUCAUGCACGGUAUCGGGAGGCAAGAGGAUGUGGCACAUUUCUUAACGAUAAGGGAGACGCCGCGCAUACGUAUACGAUGUUCCCAGAAAUCGAAAUAUCGUCUGACGAAUUUUCGUUUCGACGAACAUUUAUCGCGAGGGGGCGGGUUGGGGAGGAGAGGGGGAGGGGGAGGACACGGCCGUCGUCCGUGAUACAAUCGAAGGAGAGAUGCUUAACGCGUCCGUCGUAUUCAGCCGCGGUCACUUCUGGAUCGCGGCGGACUUAUCGUCGGAGAUCGGCGCGUAAGACCACCGAGGAGGACCGGAGAACACGCGCCAGGGUACCGGCGCGCGCGCGCGCGCUUUUCCCGUUGGCGCGCCGGGAUGCGUCCGAGUUUUUUUUUUAGGGGAGGAGGGAAGAAGCGGAGAGCGCGCGCACGUUUCCCCGUGACGAGCGCGCUCGUGGAUAGCACGGGCCGGCCACACACGCGACUAGAUGUAACACUAAUUAACGCCUAGCGAUUAAGCGAACUAACGGAUAUAAAUGCAAAUAUAUCGUCGGAUAUAAUAGCCAGGCGGGACGAAUGCGCGAGCGGCUGUGUGCGUGCAUGUUUUGCGCGACCGCGCGAGUGCGAGCGGUACGGUUGGUGCUUUAAACCGUGUGAGCCUGUUCUGCGCAAGAGAGCGAGAGAGAGAGAGCGUGAGAGAAAGAGACGGUGAGAAUGAAGGUCGAAAGAAUGAGAAAGCGAGAGAGAGAGAAAAAAAAAUAAGCCACACACGCAUACGUACAUACAGACGAUACACAACAUAUACAACACGCGCACACACACGCGUAUACCGCGAGAAGUUCGUUGGACUGACGUGUAACCAAGACGUUGGUCGAAUGACACAUUUUAAGAUAAAGACAAAAAGGUCGAUCGGGGACGUAGCCAUCUUCUUUAUAUCGUUUCCGCCUUUCCUUCUUCCCGCGCCUCGCGAGGCCUCGCGGAGCCUCCUAAAGGCAACGACCGACGCGACAAAGGCCGGAAACGGUCUGUGUGAGGCCGCGGUCGCGAUUAAGCUUCACCACCCUCUUUCUUCUCUCUUCUUUAACGCGGGCCUCCCCCUCGCGAGGUGGAAGAAGGAACACCGCCCUCGUCCCCGUUGCCCUUUUGCUUCACCGCGAGAAAGGGGAAAGUAAUUUAAAGAGAAGAUAGCAGGAGAGACGGCGGGACGGCGAAAAAAAAAACCCAAUCGAGAAACGUCGUCUUACGAUCUAAUUCUAACGUAGAACAGCAUUAAAAUUUUUGUACCAAAAUCUAUCCAGUAGCCCUUAAGUGUCGCGUAUUGCGUUUCCGUUUCCGUUCGACGUUGCCGACGCGUACUUACCCUCCUUAUUCAAUGUCUUUGUUUCUUGGUCGAAACACGUCGCGGGGGAACGGAGCGAGUAAAACUUGCCCGAAAAUACCCUCUCGCAAGUUUCUCGGUCGCAGCAUUAAAACUCCCGGGUCGUCAGCGCGAUCGUACGCGCUUCUCCCCCCGCGUUCUUCCACACGUUCGAAUAAAUCAACCCCUCGCGUGCCACCGCUCCGCGUUUCGUAAGGCAAGCUCGCGAAGUAGAGCGCGAGAAUGAUACGAUUACUAAUCGCGAUCCGGGAGAAGUCUCGAAAAAACCUCCCUGAUUAAUAUAAUGAACGAUCGCGAUCCGAUCCGCGCUCAGCCGAUUCCCGAGAGUCGUGGGUAACGACUUGAAGAUAAUGAAGAACACUUCUCUGUUUCGAGAGAGUGAUGCUUGUGACCGUCCUGACAGUACGUCGAUGUGCUCUUACGCGUAGAUGACACAAGUUAGAUGUGUUCUUUCCGAGAUAGUAGGCUAUAUGUGAGAGAUACGAGCGACACGACGCCGCCGUCGUCGUCGUCGUCGUCGCCGGAGAGAUGAAAGACGAAGUGAGACGCGGUGACCCAGAAAUACAUAGAUCUCUCUAUCGAGUCGCGGGGAUUUCAAUUCCGACGUGAUCUAUCCGUCUGUUGCCGCGCCAUCGAACGGUCCCGAAAAAUUCUUUGGGAAGGCGGGAGAACAUCUCGGAAAUCGAUUACGCAGCUCCGAGAAAGAGAGAGAGAGAGAGAGACAGGGGGAGAGAAAGAUUGAGAACAAGUCACCGGAAAAGAAUUUUUCGAGACGAGCGGCAAACGAAGUGUUAUCGUGAAACUUUUCAGACGAGAAACUAAACGUCGAAGAUUACGAAAUACCGCGCGCGGAGGAUGUACAGGACUGUUGUAAUUUUAACCCUCCACUGCUUUUGGAUCCUAUUAGAGGGCGAACCGCCUCCCGCGAAUGUAUAAUAAAUUUCCCAGACAGCACGCAUGUUCGAAAUCGAAACGUUUUAAAGAAAUCUUUAGACAUCUUACGUCCCAAUUUUGGACACAGCGCUGUCUGGGUUCCUAUUUCGAUGAUACGCACGCACGAGUUCGAGACUGCGAACGGAAACAAAUGGUUCGCUUUCUCGCCCGUGCGGGCAUUUUUUCCCCCCGUCCGGCUGUGGAGGGUUAGAAGUGCGAAUCGGAGAAACCCAUUUGUCGUCGAUCGGCGCCCUCGGGACGGCAGGUACCUCGUUAACCGCGCGGAUCACUGAUGACAUUCGCGAGAAAGAAAUGCACCGUGCAAUCACGCGACUGUUGCACGCGAGCAUUGAUACGCUCCCGAACGUACGACUCGAGUGGCUCGACGAAUUAUCGCGAAUUAUAUUAUCGAGUAAACGAGAUCAUUUACGUUCGAUCCCCCUUAGCGAUACGCAAAACCGGGUAACUUAUUUAUAUCGCAUUGUCGGACACGAAAACGCGCGUGCGAUCGACAUCGGUAAAUCAGUAGCCUCGAUGAGUCCAUUUGCGAGAGAGCGAUUGAGUGAGUUCGACAACGUCCUAUUAAUGUUUCAAAAGCGAGAUCCUACGUUACGGGCACGUUUCGUUGACGGCACGCGACAGAUCACACUAUAGUAAGGGGUCUAAUUAAUCACUAACACGUCUGCCGAUUCGAACGUUCGACGAAGGUGAUUUACGGCUGCCCGUCGCCGUGAAGGGCGGACUAUCGGGAAGACUAGUCGGGAAACCGCAAGAGAAGGAAGGCGAAAUUUGUCGAGCGCGCGGAUAAGCGGACGAUCGAUUAAAAAAAAAAAAAGAGAAAAAA